GGAAUGUUUACACUGUAUGACAGUUCUUGUGAUUUUCUCUCUUUUUUAAGGUUGCAUUUCUACGAAUUCUCGUCACUGAUAAAUAAGUUUCUAUAUUCCGUCACAGACAAUGUCGGAAUCUUAUGAUUUUCUUUUCAAAUUCCUGGUGAUUGGGAGUGCCGGGACUGGAAAAUCAUGCCUUUUGCAUCAGUUUAUAGAGGGAAAAUUUAAGGCAGAGAGUAAUCACACCAUUGGCGUAGAGUUUGGCUCGAAAAUUGUCAAUGUUGGAGGCAAGUCAGUCAAGCUGCAAAUAUGGGACACAGCCGGCCAAGAACGAUUCAGGUCUGUCACUCGUUCCUAUUACCGGGGCGCUGCGGGGGCCUUAUUGGUGUACGAUCUGACUUCUCGAGAUAGCUACAAUGCCCUUGGAAACUGGCUGGGAGAUGCCCGCACACUGGCCUCUCCUAACAUCAUGAUUCUGUGUGUAGGAAACAAGAAGGAUUUGGAAGAAGAGCGACAAGUGACCUUCAUGGAAGCAUCAAGGUUUGCACAGGAGAAUGAAUUGAUGUUCAUGGAAGCCAGUGCUCUUACAGGAGAAAAUGUAGAAGAAGCAUUCCUGAAGUGUGCUAAGAGUAUUUUAGCCAAGAUUGAAACAGGAGAGCUGGACCCAGAAAGGAUUGGCUCUGGGAUUCAGUAUGGGGAUGCCACUCUUCGCCGCCUUAACCGUGCAAAUAGUCAGCGCUCGAAAGCUGGAGCCGAGUGCAUGAGUUCCUCAUGUAGGAUUUGAAGGCUGAUGAGUAGGUAUAUGUAUGUUUGGACCCUAUGAGAGUUUGUUAUGGCAAAGAUUGUUUAAAUAUGACCAGUUUGAUUGUGGAGAUCUUCAGAGGGCAAUGUGCUACACUACAGUCAGAUGUGAAAGCAUUAGCAGUAUGUUUUAUUCUGAAUAUUAUGUGACAGAGAGCAUUAUUUUUGUGGUGGAUCACAAGCAGUGGAGAAAUGUCUUGUAAUCAGCACUAAAAUUGUUUAUGAUGUAAACCUGAAAGAGUACAUGGUAUCAAUACUUUGUUUUAUUUUUCUAUUUGCAUUGUUUAUGUUUUGUGUCAGAGAAUGCAAGGGGAUAUUUUCAUUGGCUUUUAUCUUAGUAAUAAUUGGGGCCAACUUCAAAUCAGGGAUAAUAAAUGUCUAGAAAGAAGACUGAGUGUGUUUGCCUUAAUUUGCAAAGACUUUUUAAUGCCACUCAUUUAGAAAAAUAUUUUUGUCAUAUUGUGUAUUUUACCCUUUCAGUUAUUUUCCCCUGUAAGCAUAAAAUAUUUUGUGUAUAUAUAGUCUAUAGAUGUUAGAUUUUACUUCACAGCAAUAAUCUAUUUUUGUUUUUAAGGAUGAUGUUGAGAAAGCUGUAAUUUUUGCUUUGGCAUGUGGCAACUUCUCUCAGACGUACUCAGGCUUG